UUUCAAAGUAUAACUAAAACAAAAUCCAACCGCAACCUCAGGGUUGGACUGUCAGAGGCAAAGGUGGAAGCCAUGUCCAAAAGGGUUCUUUGUAAGUUCUUUGCACAUGGGGCAUGUCUGAAGGGGGAUCAUUGUGAGUUUUCACAUGAUUGGAACAAUCCUUCUAAUAAUGUAUGCACCUACUACCAAAAAGGAGCUUGUGCUUAUGGAAGCAGGUGUAGAUAUGAGCAUGUUAAACUGUCUCGAUCUCAACCUUCAGUUCAAUCUUCAGCACAACCUCAACAAUAUCUGCUUUCAAGUUCUGCUCCUACCAAUGUGCCUCCUGGAAUGGACGCACAUAAUGCAGAUGUUGUGCCAGGUAUUUCUACUGAGUAUUUAGCUUCAAGCAGACCUUAUGACGCUUCCAGCCAACCAGCAUGGAACCAAAAGUCUGAGCUUCAAGAUGCAUUGGAGAUUGAUGACAUGAUUGAGUUAAACAGUGUUAACCCAGCUGAUCGGUCAAUCUGUGCUUUUGCUGCUGCUGGUAAUUGUCCUCGGGGAGAAAAUUGUCCUCGUGUUCAUGGAGAUCUGUGUCCAACCUGUGGAAAGCAUUGCUUGCAUCCUUUCAGGCCUCAGGAAAGAGAGGAGCAUAUAAAAACAUGUGAGAACAAGCAAAAGCACCUUGAUUUAUUGAAGCGCAGUCAAGAAAUUGAAUGCAGUGUAUGCCUUGAACGUGUUCUUUCCAAGUCAACAGCAGCUGAGAGGAAGUUUGGGAUCCUUUCUGAGUGUGAUCAUCCGUUUUGUGUAUCGUGUAUAAGGAAUUGGCGUGGCAGUUCUUCCUCUGGGAUGGAUGUUAAUUCUGCACUGAGGGCUUGCCCCAUAUGCCGAAAGCUUUCAUAUUUUGUCAUUCCAAGUGUUAUUUGGUACUUCACAAAAGAAGAAAAGGAAGAAAUAGUCGACAACUACAAAAACAAACUCAGAUCUAUCGACUGCAAGCACUUUGACUUUGGGAAUGGGACUUGUCCAUUUGGGACGAGCUGUUUCUACAAGCAUCAACACCGUGAUGGUCGUCUGGAGGAAGUGGUACUGCGCCAUCUUGGUUCUGAAGAUGGAAGCACAGUAAUCGCUAAAAAUAUCAGGCUCUCAGACUUCCUCAGGAAUUUGGAAAUUAAUUGAACAGUUUCUUUUAGUAAUUUCAAGAGUAAACUUCCCCUGGUGGAUUUUGGCUGCAGAGUUGGGGCUUGAAUGUAAUUGUUUGAGAGUGGGUAUACAAAGAAACUUAAAAAAAGUAGAUGAUGAAUUGCCGAUUACAGGUCCUGCUAAUGUCCAGGGUGAUAGUUCUGAAAAUGUCCUUUUAUCCUUUUUGGUGAUCACAUGAUACAUUGUAUAUCUGAUCUUAAGAUAGAUUUUUCCUUUGGUAUUGCUAUUAUUUUCUUUAAAAGCCUUGUUGUAUUUAAAAGUCUAAAUUAUUUGAUGAACAGUGAGUGAGAUAAAAGAUAUAAAAGGAGGGUAUAAUUUGGAA